CUUGACAUUGAUUUCAGUUUAUUCAUUAAGACUUUCGUGUACGGUCCGGUGUUCGAUGACAAUUUUCCGCAAAAUCGAAAUGGAAAUGCGUCAUCUGUUGUUGAUAGCCGUCUGGGCUAUUUGUUUGAUUGGCCUUGCACGGGCGAUACCAGCGAAAAGUGCCACGGAUUCGAAAUCAAAGCAACCGCAGCAACAACAACAAGUGAUUACCAAAGAUAUUGCCCGCUAUGCCAAGGCCGCUGAGAUCCGCAACUAUAUGGAUGAGUCGCAUGAUCCAUGUGGCAACUUUUACACCUUCACCUGCGGCAACUACUAUCGCAUCAAUCCUCCCAACAAGUUGCCCUAUCAAACGAACACCUUUCAAACCAUUUCGAAUUCGUUGAAUCGGAAAGUUUCGGAAUUGCUUAACAGGCCGAGGAGUACGGAAUAUGACACCGAGACGGAUAUGAAGGUGAAACGGUUCUUUGAGUCCUGCAUGAAAUCGAAUUACACUCGGAUUUGGUAUCGGGCCAAUAUGGUGAAGAUCAUUGGCGAAUUUGGCAAAAUGCCAGCCCUGGAGGGCGACAGAUGGAGGGAAGAAGAUUUCGAUUGGCUGAAGACGGUGGCAGAAAUCGCCUAUAAAUAUGACACGAGGAUUAUUUUGGGUCAUUUCAUUCAGGUAGAUGUGGCCAAUAAUACGGUAAAUCGUUUAAGUAUCCUAAUGCAGGAUAUACCCUUGGAAUCCACAUCCAUCUAUGUGGAUGAAGUGCAUCGUAGUUUUCGAGAGGCACGGGUCCAUGUUAUGGCGAAAAAUUUGAAAUUGGCAUUGGCCCUGGAUGAUAAGCUGGCCAAGAAGACAGCUCGGGAAAUAUUUGAUUUUGAAACCAAGUUAUUUGUGGGAAAUGUGGAGUCCGAUGAAGAAGAAGAGGAGCAGCAGGCAAAUGGAGAGGGGGGCGAGGAGGAAGAGGUUGCUGAAGAAGAUGCCGAAGAAGAUGAUAAUUCUCCGCUGCAUUUAAAUCUCACCACAAUCGAUGAAAUGCAGGAGAAAUAUAUGCCCCAAUUGGACAUCAAACGUCUGCUCAACAUCUCCCUAGGAUAUGUGCCCAGCGACGAGGUCUACGAUUUGAUUGAGGAUGAUGCCGAGAACUUGAUCACAACCAUUCUGCAGACACCCCGGCGGAUUGUGGCCAAUUAUAUUUUCUAUUAUCUGAUUGAUCAAUUCCUAUUGCCGGAGCCAAAGCAAAGUGGUGACCUGGAAACCCUGUGUAUCCGACGCACCAAAAAUCACUUUGCCAAGGUCAUGGACAACAUGGUCUAUCGCCAGUUCGCCAGCAAUCAAACCCAACAAGAUGUCCACAAUAUGUGGCAGACCAUCAAGACGACCUUCCACAGCGUCCUCUCCUCGGACAAACUGAAAUGGAUGCAUCCGGACACACGUAAAUAUGCCCUUGAAAAGCUACAAACCAUUAACAUGGAAAUCAAUACCUACGAAAAUUCCAAUUUCUCCGAAGAAUUUGGUCCGCUGGAAAUCAAUCAAAUCGAUUAUAUUGGCAAUAAGAAAAACAUCCUUGCCUUGAGAGCCAAACAGACCAGGGCCAAGUUACAUGAACGUCCCAAGCCCUAUGAUGAUGCAGAAUCCCUGUCCUUCACACCGGUUUACAUUACCACAGAAAAUCUCAUCAAAGUCCCCGUUUCGGUGCUGCAACCCUAUUUCCUUUGGUCCGAUUUCUAUCCCAACGCCUUGAAAUUUGGCACGCUUGGCUUCCUAAUGUCCCAUGAGCUGAUACACGGUUUCGACGAGGAGGGUCGGGCCCAUGAUAAGCAUGGCAAUAAACACGAAUGGUGGGAUCAGUCAUCCAAUGACUACUUUGCCAAUCAAACGGAAUGCUUCAACAAACAAUACACGAAAUUUGUAUAUGGUGGCCAUAAUCUUCCCGAACUGGAUUCCCAAUCCGAAAACAUUGCCGAUAAUGGUGGCAUACGACUGGCCUACGAUGCCUAUCUGCGUUGGUACGAAGAUGCUGUGCGUACCUACUCCAACAUGGAGGGGGAGCUGAUGCCGCGGCUCAAUUACACCAGCAAACAGUUAUUUUUCAUUAGCUACGGUCAGCUAUGGUGUAGUGCCACCCAUCCUGCACUGCGCAACUUUGUCUCCUCCACGGAUGAUCAUGUGCCGGGAAAAUAUCGUGUCAUAGGUCCAUUGAAAAAUCUGGAGGAAUUUUCGAAGGAAUUUAAUUGCCCGGUGGGAAGUUAUAUGAAUCCCAAAAAGAAAUGCAUUAUUUAUUAGACGGGGGGAGAACAAAAAUGCAUAUUCACUAAAGAAGGUAGUCUAACCUAGGAUCGAACUUUUUGUUGUUUUGAAUUUAUGAAAAAAAAUAUUUAAGUCAAAAUUAAUAUUUGUUGUUUAAUUUGUAAAUAAAAAUAAUAUUUUUUAAAUAAAAAGUA